GGUUUGCACUGUAGAGGCAAUGAUGUCAUUGUAAAAAACGAAGGAAACUCUGCAAUCAGAGGGAGCAGAAAUCGAGGUUGAGGGAAGGACCAGGUCUGAGAUCACGUCUUUCGCGCGAGCCCUCAGGACAGCCUGGAUGCGCGUGCACUGACACAUCGGCCGGGGUGAAGCCCCUGUACUCGGGAAGUGGAGAUACACCGCAUUUUUGUGAGCCCAAUCAUCCCCUAGCUCAUCCGAUCUGAAGAUGCUAGCUGGCUAGCAGAACCGCGGAUUGCCUGCUGGUUUGCUUUUUUUUCUGCAAGCUGAAAAGAGAUCAUUCUGCUUGCAAGAUAAUUGUGGCCAUGGAGGAUUACGAUUACCUCUUCAAAAUAGUGCUGAUAGGAAAUGCAGGAGUGGGCAAAACCUGCCUCGUCCGGCGCUUCACUCAGGGUCUGUUUCCACCUGGUCAAGGUGCCACGAUCGGGGUUGAUUUCAUGAUCAAAACUGUGGAAAUAAAAGGGGUGAAAGUAAAGCUCCAGAUCUGGGACACAGCAGGACAGGAGAGAUUUCGCUCCAUCACACAGAGUUACUACCGUAGUGCCAACGCACUCAUCCUCACCUACGACAUCACCUGUGAGGACUCGUUCCGCUGCCUCCCUGAGUGGCUGCGAGAGAUCGAGCAGUAUGCCAACAAUCAAGUGGUGACCAUCUUAGUUGGAAAUAAGAUCGACCUGGCUGAAAAGAGGGAGGUGCACAGACAGAGAGCGGAGGAGUUUGCUCAGGCCCAGAGCAUGCUCUACCUGGAGACCUCCGCCAAAGAAUCUGACAAUGUGGAAAAACUCUUCCUGGAUUUGGCCUGCGUAUUGAUCCGUGAAGCCAAGCAAAACACGUUGGACAACAACGAGUCUGCGCCUAUGCCUGGAGAAGGCAAGAACAUCAAUUACCUAAGCUGCUGCAACAUUAACUAGGGAUCACGGCUGCUAAUCUGGCAGUGGGUACUUUCCUGCACAGUGGAGUGCAAAAAUUGUGGUUAUUGUUGACGUCCCCUGCGUAGAUUCCUCUUUGCCACCACUAUUGAGGUCUUGGAUGAUUUUUAACCUGAGGGUUUUUAAAAGCUACUGACUGUACCACUAGAAAGUCAAGAGGAGACGUAUGAUGCUGCCGCCGCUGAGGAGAGCCCAAGCUCCAGGGUACCAGCUAGCUGGUAUAUUUAAAGGCCAGACAAUGAGUUUUAUACAAUUCAGUACAACACUAAAAAGAUGUGUAGGCCAAUUUGCCUACUAUAUGAAUGAUAUGAGCAAAAACACACAUCUGCACCAGCAGCAGUCUUGCUGUUAGAUAUAAAUUGUAGAAAAUGUGCAUCACACCUAAUAACAAAUAUGAAAAAAGUGCAUUGUACAGCAUCAUUAUAUCCCUGAUUCAAGCUCAGAAUGGACUUCCACAAUGUUACUGAUAAGAAUUUAAAUGUAGGGUUUUAGGACUAUUUUGUGGCUGGAAAUUUUAGAAAGUCUUAGACAGAGUCUUAAAACAGUAGAGGGAGAGAAGUUUAUUAUAGAUUAUUUGACAUUUUUCCUAAAGGUAAUUCCCUAAUUAUUGCUUAGAAACAUAUUCUCUUUUGUGCAGUUUUCAGCUUGUUUUAAUUUUGAGUGCAUUCUGUAAAGAGAUCGGCACUGCUUAAAAUACAUCUCCAACAGGUUUUAGCAGACAUCAGGUAAAAUUUUACAGGCACUUGUGAGCAAGACAUUGUUGAACUCAGCAGAUUUCAGGUUCAGGUUGAUUGUAAUUCAAUGCGUAUUACAAAAAUAAGCACUUCUGUGCUUUUUCAAUGCACUUAACCACUUAAACUGUAAAAACUUUGAAUGAGGGCAUAUACCUCAUUAAUGAAAAUUACUUACACACAAACCUUUCCCCCCCAAAUACGUCGCAGUCCAUAUAUAAUUAGACAGUAAUAGAAUUUACUUUGUAAACCAUUUAGCUCUAUACUCCAGUACUUUGGAUAUGAAAUGAAACAAUGAUGGUUGUGUUAAAGUGCACACUGUCAGCUUUAUACACUGUUAUUAACAUGUUCCUAUUCCUUCCCACUGUGUCCGCUAGGGGGCCAAAAUGAACCUAACAGUCACCAGUCUGCUCAGUUGGUAUUUGGCAAGCUGUGUGGUAUUGUAUUGUUAAUUCUUAGACAAGAAUAAUAUUUUUGUUUUGUUAAGAAGAUUCUAGAUGUGGUACUUACGUCUGGAGUUGUUUUUCUGAGAACACAGAAAAAUCAAUUCAUGUAAAACACGUCAUCAUGAGACUGAAAACCAGUGACAACCAAACAUAAGGGGUAUUAAAACUGUUGUGUGUGUGUGGUUAGAAAGCAUGUUGGGUGGGAUGGCAUUAAAAAUGGUAGGCAUCAUGUCUGAAACAUGGUGGUGGUAGUGUCACAACUGCUGUUAUCUGUAUUGAAGAUGUGAUUGCCAAUGGCAGCAUUUACCUACUCAGAUCCAAACAAAUGCCAGAAUGCUAUUGUACAGUGCCACCUCUUGCAGUAUGACAAUGACUCCAAGUGUACUCUUGAUGCAAAUAUGAACCUUUUCAGGGCCAGAAAGUGAAAUGUCAAUCAGUGACCCAGCUUCCAUUGAUAAUAUAUUUCAUUUACUAAAAAUCACAUUCACAAGCAGGAAGUGAAAUGGCUGCCAUACAGGCCUAGCAGAGCAUCACUAGGGAAUGUCGUUGUUUCUAUUUUCUACUGAUGCUUUGUUGACUUUUCUUCUUCACUGUAUACUUCAGGCAAUCAUCAACUGCAGGAUUUCCAAGCGACAGUUCUAUUUAUGAUCACGGUAAUUUGCCCAAAUUAUUGUUGUACUUUAUAUGGAGGGACUAAGUAUUAAAAGGUCCGUAAUUACAACUCGAUUACCAUGAUUACACAUUCUUUAGUACACAGUCUUUAAUGCUAUGUAAUGUCCAAGAAACAAGUUGGUCCUGGCUAGGAACAGCUGAUCUCUCACUAGUAUCACCUCUCUCUUUUUCUAUCUGUCUUGAAGACUUUCCACACACACAAAAAAAAAAAACAUUUGACUGUUACAAAAUGCUGAGACUCAUUGAUAAAUGUUAACCAUUC